CUUGCUUGCUUAUGGGAGCGGCGGCGGCGCUGCCCUGUCGUAGGAGGGCGGCGCGCGGCGGCGGCGCUGCCCGAGGAGCUGCCCUCUGGGCUGCCCCGAUUGUUGGUUGUGGCUGCCGCGCCGGGAGGCUGCCGCGGGCGCCCGGCUUCGAAAGGGCCUUGGAAUGCGCCGGCGGGGCCGCGUCCCGUGGCUUUUCGCGGUAUCCGCGCGGCAAAUUAGCGCCCAGAGCCAGAGGCGUAGCGCCUCCCGCAGAGCAGUGCUUCGUGACCGAGGCGUACGCCCUCUAUUUCGGGCCCCGGGGCUGCCCGUUUUACCGGUGACCCGCCAGGACCCCCGGACGCGCGCCCGGGCAGC